AUGUCUCGGAAUCGAGGUCUCAUCGACGCUCCGAACGACGACUAUGGAGAGAUGGCAUCAUCGGCGAUUCCCUCAGUUUCCCUCCAAUUGGAACACUUGCGAGAAACAGCGGAUUUGGGAACAAGGAUGACACAAAGCGGAACUGUUGGGGUGUCGGGACUUGGUGAUCGUUACUAUGCACGUGGACGGGAAUUCGAACUUUUGAAGACAGUACCGAUCCCUUUGGAACUACAACAACAAAUGCAGCAAACACGAAGUCGCUUUGAGAUGGGACUAUUUCCUGAAAUUGCCCGUGCCUGGGUGACGAUCGAUUGCGAUAUUUUUAUGUGGAACUACGAAACAAAUGAUGAUCUUGCUUACUUCGACGGAAUUCAGAACACCAUUGUGAAGAUUUCACUAGCCAGGCCUAAAACUGGCGUCUUUCAGGCGCAUGUUCAUUGGGUGCUUGUAGUAGCGACGGUUCUUGAUGUCCAACUUUUGGCGGUGACUGUUACAGGACGCGAAGUCUCGAUCAUCCCUGAAACCUUGUUCAAAGUUGACGUGGAAAAUGCGCUUGUGAAUGAUAUUGUGUCUACGGCUGCGGGAAGAAUCUUUUUCACAGCGAAUGAAAAUCUUUUUGAACUUGAAUAUUACGAUAAUGGAUGGUUCAGGCGACAUUGUAAGAAAGUAAAUCGGUCCACUAAUCUAUUGCAAUCGUUUAUCCCUUUCCUUUCUCCCGUCACUGAAGAAAUUCUUCAAGUUGUUGUCGACAAUUCUCGUCAUCUUUUGUUUGCGCUCACGAAAAGAAGCUCUCUUCAGGUUUAUGAUCUUGGCGUGAAAGGAAAUGCAUGCACAAAAAUCACCAAUCUCACAAGUGGACAAAUUAUUCACGAAGCCUCAGCGAUGUCUGGUGGACAGCAUGAUCCGAGCAUGUUCUCAAAUAUUAUUCGGAUUAUUCCAUUAUAUGCGGAAAAUUCCCAUCAAUUGAACUUGCUUGCUGUAACGGCUCGAGGUGUUCGGCUGUAUUUUUCGGUUUUGCCUAAACAAGCACAGCCACCACAAGGGCAGUAUGUUGCACAUUUGUCUAUGUCUCAAAUGGAAGCACGCCCGAUUUGUCUCCGAAUCUGCCAUAUUCGAUUUGCUCCUGGACUUUGUCCUACUUCAACGUAUCGUGAUCCCGCUGAUGGUGCUUACAUGUCUCAAGCGAGCAAUUCCACUUGCAUUCUUGCCACUCACCCUCAAGGACGGUUCAUGCUGUUUGCAAUCUCGGAUUUGUACCAUCCGGCUAGUAGAAGCUUUGUUGAAACCAUUAGUGAAUUCAUGCUGAAUGGACCUGUUUGGGCCAUACACGUUCAAUCAAAGCCGUUGUGUUCGUCAGAAGCUCCAAUGGGCGACCUCAUUCCGCCUGCUCAAACACAUCCAUUCUAUCGAAUGCACGCAAACGCACCCGAAGUCAUUACAAUCUUCACUAGUGAGGGUUUGAGUCUCUACCAACAAAGGCCCCCAGUCCUUGCAUUACGUGAGGCACUAACUGAGCAUGGGUUUGAAGGCAGCGAAAUCGAAGUUUUGUUGAAGGAAAUGGGUCCAGUGAAUGCGUUGGUGCUUGCAUUGAUGCUUCUUUCAUCUGAGAAACCGGUUGAUCAACAACAUCAUGAUAAAGCAUUGAGACUUUUCUACUCGCUCAAAGAUGAGCCCGAAAUGGUUGAUGUGGAUCAAGUGAGAGAUUGGAAUGACGCGAAUGACUCUUUUCGAGACUGGAAUGCCAGAAUGCGAUCUCCAUUGCGUUCAUCAACCCCGUUUCACGAACGAACCAUGGCCAGUCCGAUGAAUUUGAAUGGUCACAGUCCGAUAGGAACGCACGAUUACUCAUUCACUCAUGGGAAUUCCUUCUACCAAUUCAGACCUUCAAAGAGGCAUGAUGCCCUCUAUGCAUAUUUUGCAAGACUUGUUGCUCCACUUUGGAGUCAGCCCAUUGUGUUGGUGAACGAUGGACGGUUACAUCCACUGGUUUCGGAAGCAUCGUUGAAUUGGCUAUCUCAUCAACUUCGUCUCUUUUUGGCUGCAAUCGAUGACAAUAAUCUAAUCCCUCGACAACUGCCACCACAAGCCUCCGACUAUACAUCGCUCAACGCAAAGUUUAGUGCCGAAGCAUAUGCCCGCGAACGUUCUUCAAUCCUCGCCUUGCAUGCACUCAUCAUUCUCACGCUGGAAACGUUGGCAUUGUGGGCAGUUGCUGUCGAGUACGGAAUGCAUCAAGUCUCAGCCAGUGUAGAUUCAAACAGCCUGAUGCUUUUAUCUGGCCGCCGUUUGUCCGAUUUGGUGACCGGAGAUUCAAACUUAAAUAACGAUUUGAUCAAAGGAUUGAUAAAGUAUUUCCUGGGUGACGAAGCGGGAACCCGCGACCUCUCGGAUAGAUUACGCAAUGUUUGCCCAACUUUAUACAGCAAAGAGGAUGCACUAAUCACAAAUGCGACGGAAAUGUUGGAUAGAGCUUUACGGCAAGGACUCACAUUGGACUCCCAAAACAUCGUCCGCACAGCCGUGCUUUACUUGAAACAAUCUAUAAACAAGGUGUCGCUACCGGUUGUGAGUCAACAACUUUCUCAACUGCAAAGCUACGAUGCAAUUGUUGAGUUAUGCUUGUUGAGAGCAAAGAAGGACGAUCCAAAACAAUUGGCGAUUGCCGCAUAUCGAAAUGGUGGUGUUGCUGAGGGAAACAAGGAAAUGGCCGAAGCAUCAAAUCGACGAGAGAACUCUUACGCAGUCUUCAGACGAUUGUUAGAGGAUGUGGAUGGAAAACUGGAUGCGCAAACGAUUCGAGACCAAAUCAGCAAAUGCGUACUUGCUUCCGAUGAUGAACUUGCACAUGCAGCGUUGUUUCGAUGGAUGUUACAGAAUCAUCAAGCAGAGAAGAUCAUUCAGAGUAAGUCGCAAUUCGUGGAACAAUUUCUUCAACAUGAGAUCGGUCGUGGUGGAGGGCAUAAAUAUUUGGACUUGCUUUGGCGUUUCUAUGAGAAAUCAAACACUUUCGACAAAGCGGCUAAGUUAUUGGUGCGACUCGCGGAUUGUACAACAAUGCCAGAAAUUACGUUGGAUCAACGAAUAUCUUACUUGUCUCACGCGAUUAUGUGUGCCCAAUCAUCAACUGAUUCAAAAAUCAAGGAAAAAAUCCAAGAAAUGCGCGAUAAGUUGGACGUCGCAAAUGUUCAGCUGAGUGCACGGCAAGCUCUCGCAUCCAUCGCCACACCACAAUGCAGACAAGCCGUCAAGGAAUUGGAUAAAUCACUUUUUGUACUACAGGACCUAUGUGAGCGAUACGUUCAACCAUUCCAACUCCAUCGUGUGAUGCUAGCCGCAUAUCGAUGUGCUGCCUACUAUAAAGAAGACGAUAUACACCGAGUUUGGAAUGACAUCAUUGAUCAAGAGUUCAAUGGCCAACAAGAUUGUGCCUUCCAAAAUGUUUUAUCGUGCAUUGGUGAUUUGGCCUUGUUGUACAAAGGUGGAAAUUAUUUCCCCGAAGAGUUCAUUGUGCUCUUGUUGUUGGAAAAAACUCGAGAUCGGCGCAUGUCAGCAGAUCUCUUUCCGCUUCUCCUCAAAAAGAUGAAGAUGCCGCUUGGCAUUUUUCUCAAGUUUAUCACGGAAGAGUUUCGUUCUGAUCGUAUCUGGUCAACCAAUUUGAAAGCUCUUCGUUUCUUUGUCGACUUGACGGAUAAAAUGGUGAACAAGUUUAUCGAUGAAGCACACUCAUUGGAAGACAACAGAAAACAAGCUGAUUUGGAUGCUUGCAAGACUCUUCUCGCACUAAUCACUCUGACAUUGAAGAAGCAGAACAUUAUUGAGAUCGUGUCAGAAUUGGACCAAAUUGAGACUCUGAACGCUCGUCUGACUCAUGGAAGAUUC